CACUUCCUGCCCAAACAGCUCAGUUCAGGAAGAAGAAAUAAUGGCGACGCUUCUGGGGUCCGAGUCCCCUUUUACUGGUGGAAAACGAAGAGUUUGCAAUAGCAAUAUCAUCACAAAGUUCACGGCCAGUAAAAUUACUGGUCAGGGUUUCAGUCGAGGGACACAGCUCCCAGGAGGCCUGCUCCAGGAGAGAGAUAAACGGGCCAAGUGGCAUGGCAUCCCUACUCUGCUGCAGAAGCUCUACGAGAGCAGCCAUCCCAACAGUGACCUCUCCCAUGCCCACAGCUUUCUUAAGGUAUUAUCAUCCCAGCUCUCCAUGGAGGCCAUGUCUUUUGUUACGGAGGACAGGAAGACCGCUCAGGAAUCCACCUUCCCCAACACGUACACCUUUGACCUCUUUGGUGGAGUCGAUCUGCUUGUGGAGAUCUUGAUGAGACCCACAUUAACUAUGCAGAAGAAAAAACCCAAAAUGAAUGAUGACUUGGUCAAGGACUGCCUUAGUGUUCUCUACAACUGUUGUAUAUGUACAGAGGGGGUCACAAAGAGCCUGGCAGCGAGGGAUGACUUUGUUCUGUUCCUCUUCACUCUGAUGACCAACAAGAAGACCUUCCUACAGACUGCAACCCUAAUUGAAGAUAUUCUUGGAGUCAAAAAGGAGAUGAUCCAGUUAGAGGGCAUCCCCAACCUGUCAGGCCUGGUCCAAAGCUUUGACCAACAACAGCUAGCCAACUUUUGCCGCAUCUUAUCUGUCACUAUAUCGGAACCUGAUGUAGGAAACGAUGACAAGCACACCCUGUUGGCCAAAAAUGCCCAGCAGAAACGCAAUGCUAGCCCCUCACGGGCAGAGGUCAACCAGGUAACCCUGCUAAACAUCCCUGGCUUCAUUGAGCGUCUGUGUAAGCUGGCCACUAGAAAGGUGUCUGAGGCCACUGGAGCUAACUUCCUGCAGGAGCUGGAGGACUGGUACACAUGGCUGGACAAUGCUCUGGUGCUGGACGCCCUCAUGCAGAUGGCAACUGAGGAGGCUGAACAAAGCAGUACAGAGUCAUCAGAUGAGAGUUCUCUGGCCACCAGCCCUCUGAGACAUCGACUGCCGCAGUCCAUGAAGAUCGUCCAUGAGAUAAUGUAUAAAGUGGAAGUGCUCUAUGUACUAUGUGUCCUUCUUAUGGGCCGACAGAGGAACCAGGUCCACAGGAUGCUGGCUGAGUUCCGUCUCAUCCCGGGGCUCAAUAACCUGUUUGACAAGCUGAUCUGGAGGAAAUACACUGCUUCAAAUCACGUGGUGCAUGGCCAGAAUGAGAACUGCGACUGUAGUCCAGAAAUAUCCUUCAAAAUCCAGUUCUUGCGGCUACUUCAGAGUUUCAGUGAUCACCAUGAGAACAAAUACCUCCUGCUGAAUAGCCAGGAGCUGAAUGAACUGAGUGCCAUAUCUAUGAAGGCUAACAUCCCUGAGGUGGAAGCUCUGGUCAACACAGACAGAAGCCUAGUGUGUGACGGGAAGAAGGGCCUCCUCACGCGAAUCCUCACUGUCAUGAAGAGGGAGCCUCCAGACUCGUCAUUCAGAUUCUGGCAGGCGAGGGCAGUGGAAAGUUUUCUCAGAGGAGCCACCUCCUAUGCAGACCAAAUGUUCCUCCUGAAGAGGGGACUACUAGAGCACAUCCUGUUCUGCAUCAUAGACAGUGGCUGUACAUCUCGAGAUGUCCUACAGAGCUACUUUGAUCUGCUUGGAGAGCUCAUGAAGUUCAACAUUGAUGCCUUCAAAAGAUUCAACAGUUAUGUCAACACUCCAGAGAAGUUUCAGACCUUCCUGACGCAGAUCAACAGUUCUCUGGUGGACUCUAACAUGCUGGUGCGCUGCAUUGUCCUUUCUUUGGACCGCUUUGAGAGCCAGACUGAAGAUGUCAAAGUGGUGGAGGUACUUUCUGAGUGUUGCCUGCUGUCCUACAUGGCCAGAGUUGAGAACAGGCUGUCCUUCCUCUUCCGACUGAUCAACAUCAUCAACGUACAGACACUCACACAGGAGAAUGUGAGCUGUUUAAACACCAGUUUGGUGAUCUUGAUGCUGGCCAGAAGAAAGGCUAAACUGCCCUUCUACCUCAACGCGUUGCGUGAGAAGGAGUAUGCUGAGAAGUACCCGGGCUGCCUGCUCAACAAUUUCCACAACCUACUGCGCUUCUGGCAGCGCCACUACCUCAACAAGGACAAAGAUAGCACCUGUUUGGAGAACAGCUCCUGUAUUCCCUUCAGCUACUGGAAGGAGACGGUGUCAGUGCUGCUGGGCUCAGACAGGACUUCUCUGUGCGCCAUAGCGAGCUACAUUGAUGAGCCCUUCAUGGAUCUGGACAGAGACCUGCUGGAAGAUUGACCUCCAGUGUGCAGACUGGGGGUGGGACAGGGCAGAAGGUCACAGGGAGCAUGGACACCUAAAGCUGGUGAUGACUCGACUGAGCUGAGCCAUCCAGGUGCUUUGUGACUGCAUUCUGGAUGUAAAGACUCACCUGUUUGCUGUCUGUACCGUCGCAUGGAGGCCGUCAUCACAGAUGUGAGGGGAUGUAAUUUGCCUGGCUGUCAUCUUCUCACUAAGUUACCGUCGUCUCUUCUUCUGAGGAAGGGAGGAAACCUGUGUGCCCACCCCAGAUCGCCCACAUUGUUACCAGACAAUUAAGGGACUUUGCGAAAUGUCACCUGCAUUGGUUGUUUGCUUCAGGUGACAUUCAAAUAGAGCCUUUUAUAUAGCCUAUACAAAAUUCUAUGAAAAAAUAUGUAUGAUUCAACAAAUUAUAUCUAAGAAAAAAGAUUUUCACAUGAACUUGGUUUGGAAAUGACCACAGAUUAAACCGUCACCCAGAUGUGGAGAUCAGUGGUACGUCACAGGGCUGACAGGAGUCACCGGCCCCACUCUCCCACUACCUACACACACUGACUCCAUGCCACUCCACUGCCUAACCUGUGGGGGAAACUGGUGAUAUUGGAGUUUUUGCAGGUGUCCUCUCAAUGAACAGCAUUUUCGUUUAACCUGUCUGUGAGUCUAUUUUAUUAGGUGGCUAUUGUUGAUUGGUGCUUUCUGGCUCUACUCAGCACAUUUAGGUAGCUUGUGGGCCAGCUGACAUGUUUCACAAAUCACACGGGGCUCCUCUCACCUACAACCAUCCACUCUUGUGGCUUCAGAAGCUUCACCCAGGGACUCGUUUCUUUACCAGGUUAUUUUUGUUGAUUUACUUUUGUCUUGUUGAAAACAAUGGCUUUUAGCUCUGGAUAAACUGUAGAAUAAAACAUUGCACAGAUUAAAUUGUUUUUAUUGUUUAUUAUAUUUGAACACAUUUGUUGAUUUAGAGGUGGGGUAUGCGAUUCUAAUCCAAUACACGUCUUUUUGUCAAAUUCAGCAAAUAUCUCCUCACGGCCCGCUAGUUGUCUGUUCUGUGUGCGUGCUGAAAAAAAAACUCCGGUGUUUGUACACCGCCCUGGCUCCGAAAAUGGGAAAUAAACAAAGUAGCUCGGACCGAGCCACACAACAGUAUUAAGCCAUUCCAGUUUGUCAGGUAAUGUUAAAUGACUUGCCCACGGACAUUCAGCUUACUUUCUAGUUUGCCAAGAUAUGCUGCUGUUGUGAUGUUAGCUAUAGCAGCAGGAGAGUUGUGAGUAUCGCUGUCUGGAGCUGGUGUGCUGGCUCUGGGAAACGUCUCGUCCUCUCUGCAUGUUAGCUUCGCAGCAGCAACUUUAGGGACAGUUUGCUAACGUACAACCUAGCUAAGGUUAGUUACAUUACUUGCUGUGUUGUUGUUCGCUCUAUAUCAUGGUAUUUGUCAUGGUAUUGGAUUUCUCAAGAAUCGCAUACACCACCUUUUUUUAAAAUAACUUCAUUUUGUAACAGAAUUUGUAUCCAUGUUGUGAGAAAUGCUUGGGGAAGAGAAUAAACUAUGCAGGCGCUAGUGUUAAGAUACCACUUUAUUGUUCCAGUCCAUACAAAGUUUAUGUGAAUUAGCCUUCUGCCCAACAUCAUCAGCAUUGGACUGAAGAUUUACCACUUUCUCUGGUUUCCGCUUUUUCUCAAAAUCUUUGACUACAAGCUGAGAAUGACAAUCUUUCUAUGUGAUGGCUCUUUUUGCAUGGCACCACUUGAUCUUUACUUUGGAUAAAGAUGAAGCAGUGGGCACGGCUAUGUUCAUGAUGUGUCCAUGGCCUGAAUGUGCAGCUGUUUAGUGGAAAUGGAAGAUGCAGAGCUGAACAGAUAUUUGGUGUCUGAAAUUAAACAGACCCAACCUGAGAUAAGUACAAAAUGGAUGAGCUACCUCAUAUUUUAUCCUGACACCAUACAGAUCAAACUACUUCUAAUGACAAGUGUACAGUUUCACUCCCAGCAUGUCAUGAGUCAUAAUACAUGUUCAUGUGAAUGUACAAGGGCAUUUCUACAGUUGGCCCCUGAUGCCAUGAGUUACUAGUGCUAUGCCGCCUUGGGAUGCAAACACAAAUGUCCUUUACACUUUGAAAGCCUUUUAUUUGCUUUAAAGCUAAUUAACCAGAAAUAUUUCCUUUUUUUUUUUUCUAGCUCUCAUUCAGCAUGUCUUAAAUCUCUUGAUGGGUGUGCACAUACUUAGUUACUAAUUAGUUCAUCUUUUGUGCUUUGCAGUGAAGUUAAUGCAACUACACUUUACAAGUGCUUCUCUCUUCUCUCUCUGUUUCUCUGCGGGAUUCCCGAGAUAAUUGCAUCGGUUUCUUGAUAACAUGAUGUGAUUGGACACAUUGUUAUGCGUUACAUUCUUAGUACUGAUCGUGUGUUUAUCAUUGAUCCAAAUCCCUCUUAUCACUCCAGUCAUCCACCAUGGAAGUCAAUGAGGCUAUUGGUAUAAAAACGUGAAUGUUGUUAGUGCUCUUCUGGAGCAACUAUAUAAACAAUAUCUGAACCCUGACUUCUGUAGCUUUGUGAUCUGAAUUUCAGAGAGUGACCCUUCUGUAUGAUGAGAAUUAUUCUCAACAGUUAUGCUGUAUGUGGCGUGAUGCUCCUAGUAGGCCUUAGACUUCAUUCAUUAGUUUGUAUAGAAAAUGGUGAAAUGUUAUCCUCUGGGCCAAGAACAUGCUGCGUGGUAUAAAAUAUAACACUAUUUGGUUUUUACUUUAGAUCCCUGAUAUUUUUACUUUAUUAACUUGAGACUUAUGUAAUGUUUGGCAUGAGGAUGAUAUUAUUAGACACAUUUUGCAGCCAGUCGUAAUCUCACGUUCAAAACUCAAAUAUGAUUCUCACCUCACCAGGAUCGACAGCAUCUAUAACAUUUGUUGAAAAGAACAACCUUUUAAGAGAUGCUGACAGUGGAUAAUAUUCAUGGGGUAAAAUCUGAAUUAUGAAUUAAUUUUAGACAACAAUCCAUGUUUUUUUUCAUUUGCAUUGGCAUGAAUAAUGCAUAAAAUAUCACAUGGUUGUUAUAAAUUCACCUCUGCACACUUACUCACACAGUCUUAAUCUCUCACUAACCUUUUUAGACCAUCAAACAAACAGAAAAGAUUCAUGUUUCGGUUUCACAUUCUAUUAUAACUACUUCUGUAACCAACUUUCACUCUCAUGUUCCUCUAAUGCUGGUAUUGAACUUAAUUUUCUUUAUUUAACAGCUGUUUGUCAAAUUAAUAAUAUAAUAAAUUCUUCUUUAGACCUUC